UCGGCCCCCUGGGCGCGCGUGACUGUCGCAGUUACAGUCUCCGCGGGUACCGCCGCUCUCCCACCCCGACCUGCGGCCGCGAUGCUGGCUCUACGCUGCGGCCCCCGCCUGCUCGGCCUGCUCCGGGUCCCGCGCUCCGCGCCGCUGCGCCUCCCCGCGGCCCGCGCCUGCAGCGGCGCCGGCGACCCGUCCCCUUCCUCCCGGAACCCGCUCGUGUACCUGGACGUGGGCGCCGACGGGGAGCCGCUCGGCCGCGUGGUGCUGGAGCUGAAGGCAGAUGUCGUCCCAAAGACAGCAGAGAACUUCAGAGCCCUGUGUACCGGGGAGAAGGGCUUCGGCUACAAAGGCUCCACCUUUCACAGAGUGAUUCCGUCCUUCAUGUGCCAGGCGGGCGACUUCACCAACCACAAUGGCACCGGGGGAAAGUCCAUCUACGGAAGCCGCUUUCCUGAUGAGAACUUCACCCUGAAGCACGUGGGACCAGGUGUCCUGUCCAUGGCAAAUGCAGGCCCCAACACCAACGGCUCCCAGUUCUUCAUCUGCACCAUAAAGACAGACUGGUUGGAUGGCAAGCAUGUCGUAUUUGGCCAUGUCAAAGAGGGCAUGGAUGUCGUGAAGAAAAUAGAAUCUCUCGGUUCCAGGAGUGGGAAGACGUCCAAGAAGAUCAUCAUCACAGACUGCGGCCAGUUGAGCUGAGGUGCCAUGACCAGGGCGCGAGGCUGGCGGCAGCUGCACGCGCCUGGGCUCCCCUGGGGGCCGCCUCGGGCUCCAGCAGACUUGUCUGUCCUUGUUGCACGUCGCGGUGAGGAAUGUCCGAUCUCCACGGGGCCCAUCGCACCGCUGCCCCAGGGUCCACCCUCCCUCGCCACCCCGUUUCUGGCCAUCCAUCACAGACGUGAUGCCAUCCGGCCUUACCCGUGAUUCCGCAGCCCACGUUCACCUGUGCCUUGGACAUCGGGGGUGGCGAGGGGUUAGCUUCGGCUACAGGGUUCUGCCUUUUCCUUGACCGAGGGGGGAAAGGCAGCCGCUGCAAAAGGGCCGCUGUAUCUGUUGAACAUCCUCUUCUGAUUGGAAUAAUUUAAUUAACAAGAUUGACUGGAGAUGAAGCUGUGACAGCCCUCUAAGCCGUGGUAUGACCUCACUUGGUGGCAGAAGCCACAGAACCCCGGAGCUUGGCCUUUGGAACGUAAUCGGGGCUUUUGCGAAGGGUCCUCGGCCAAGGCCUUUUAUCCCAGCCACUGUGAAUCCUGUUGGUUCGCCGCCGCGGUUUCCGAGGAGAGUCCGUGAGGGGAGAAGCAGACAAACCCGGGACAAACCCACUGCGAGCUGUGCCUAGUCGAUGAAGUCGGGGAGAGUGGAAAUGGCGUGUGCGUGCCUGGUGCUCGGGAAGACCG